CACCGCCGGCGAUCAUACAGAAGUAAAAGCGGUGCGAAGAGCGAUGGUGCCGCGAUUUCACCGAUCUGAAGUUAGCCUUGAUUCGUGACAGGCGUUAUAGAACUGCAGUUAAUCCUCUCCAUAUGCAGUUCCAAUUGUCAGGUGCACCAAUUGCACGGACUAAACAACGUUAUAAUCAUUUGGAAUAUCAAUACCUCAAGAGAAUGUAUCGGCUGAUGGCUGGUACCUAAACAGUGAUCAUGAACAUUUGGAGCUGAACUAUCGGCCAAAGACAGCAUAAUACUUACAAAUUAGUGACGGAAAAAAGGAGGCAGUGACAACGUUUUUUGGUACCAACGAAGGAGAGGAACUGGCGGGCGGACACUUACAAUUAGCUGCGAACAUUCGAUUGUCGAGGACGCAUAGCUAAGCUGACUAAAGCCAGCUAUGAACCGAGCGUGGGGAUGGUGACGGUCGCGCAGCAGCAGCAGUACCACCAUGAUCAGGACAAGCACGAGCACCAGGAGCGUAACCAGUUCAACGACGAUGAUCAGACACCUAAUGAUCGUCGGGGCGUGACGAUCAGGGACGUCGACGAUGACGCUACCUCGUCUCUGGAAGAUCGGGGCUACGGAACAGACUCCGCUGUCUGUGUUCGAAUUGGGCCUGGCACCGACGUCCGUCGGACCGACGAAGUUGCCAGUCAGUCCAGUUUGUCCAUCUACAGUGACGUUGAUGAUUCCCUGGAGGGAGAUGAGACCGGUUCCUGGAACAACGAUCUCAGUGUUCCCCUGUCCCAACAGCAGCAGUUCGACAACGGUGUCGCUCUUCCCAUCAGCGAGGCACCCUCGUUCGGUGAUGUUUGCGUGAAGAACUCGUCAAACGUCCACUUUGGGAACAAGACUUUUUACAAUGGUCCCGUUACCAUCAAGCAAAUUGUUUACGCGAAUCCAAACGUUGCCGAGGACGGCUUGGUCGAGGAUGAUCUGAAUCGUGAUUCUAGUUCGAAACUACCCAGCAAUAGAUUGCCGACCGAUUUCAUACCGAAUCGAUAUGUUGAUCCUGAGGCCAAAUCGGCGGAUCCUCGAAACGUGCAGGACGAUGGUAAAGUAUCGCAAUUCUGCGCUUUGCUUUUAACAUGGAGAUGCGUAGCUUUGAUGUGUGCGAUGGGAUCCUGCCUGGUUGCAGCGGUGGUCGUCAGUGUGGUCUUACUCUCACGGGAUUCGAACUUGCCGCUAAACCCAGUUACGCCCUCAUUUUCCGACUCAUCGACGAACAUUAGCGGUCUACCAUUCAACAAUCUGAGAUUCGUCACACGGAACGAAUGGGGCGCCCAACCGCCAACGGAACCCCUAGGAAAGUUGAAACAUCCGGUUCCUUAUGUGAUCAUCAGUCACACCGCGACGGAAUUUUGCGACACGCAGUCGACGUGCACGUUUCGGGUCCGCUUCGCCCAGACGUUUCAUAUAGAGUCACGAAAUUGGUCCGAUAUUGCUUACAACUUUUUGAUCGGCGGUGAUGCUUACGCCUACAUUGGACGCGGCUGGGACCAUGUCGGGGCACAUGCCUACGGUUACAACUCGAGAAGCAUUGGAAUCUCUUUCAUUGGGACAUACAAUACCGUUGCACCUUCGGAUCACCAGAUGAACGCACUUCAGCAACUUAUUGAAAUUGGAGUAAAGUCCGGGAAAAUUGCUGCCGAUUAUAAACUUUUAGGGCACCGUCAGGUUUCGAAAACUCUGAGCCCUGGUGACGCGUUGUAUAAUAUUAUAACAACGUGGCCACAUUGGUCCCCCACGCCGAUGAUGACAGUGGCGCAGCAACAAGAGCACCAGGACCAAGAAAACGGUGGUCAGAACCCCGGCGAACACGGAGGAGCGACGACCAGAAACAUCGGGCAGGACGCUGACUUUGGUAACUCAUCGAAUUCCUGCGACGCCUUAUCGCUAGACGCUGUCAGUUUUAAAAGCAGGGUGGAAAUCCAGACGACGGACGAAAAUGUCUGCAAUCAGUACACUUCGACACAGAACAGUGACUCUGAUGAUUCCCUGGAUAGCCAUGUGUUUGAAAUGUGGAGCAAUGAUAUCAAUGUACCCAGUGUUAAGCAGCAGCAAUUCGUGGACGACGGCAUCCUGCUUCCUAUCAGCGAUGCACCAGCUUUUGGCGACGUGUGCGUUAAAGAUUCGACUAAUGUUCACAUUGGAAAUAAAACAUUUUACCAGGGGCCCGUUACGAUCAAACAAAUUGUGUACGCAAAGUCUACUGUAUCCGAUGACGGACUUGGCGAAGAGUUCUCUGAGUCUGGUGAGAAAGUUCCGAAGCAUGAAGACUUGAAAACUUCUACGAAACCGGUAGACCCGCAAAACGUACAGGACGACCGUAAAGUGACACAAUGGCGCUCUUUGCUUUCAACGUGGCAGUCCAUAGCUCUGAUGUGCACUCUGAUGUGCACUGUAGGAUUCUGUCUUGUCACCACUUUUGUUAGUGCAGUCCUACUUUUGAGGGAUACGGAACUACCGUCAAUCCCAAUGUUCUUCAGAGUUUCUGACUGGUUGACAGACGGCGAUGUGACACAAUGGUGGUCUUUCCUUUUAUCGUGGCGAUCCAUAGCUCUGAUGUGUGCUAUGGGAUCCUGCGUCGUCGCUGCGGUAGUUGUCAAUAUGGCAUUAUACUCGCAAGAUUUAAAUAUGCCAUCAAUCUCCACUGUUACAAAAAUUCUCGACUCAUCGGUAGACAUUAAUGGCCUCCCGUUGGGCACGAUGAUUAGAUUUGUUACACGAGAUGAAUGGGGCGCACAGCCACCAGUGGAACCCGCGGCAAAGUUGAAGCAUCCAGUCCCCUACGUGAUCAUCAGCCAUACUGCAACUGAUUUUUGCCACACGCAAUCUUCAUGUGUGUAUCGAGUCCGAUUAGUACAAUGUUAUCACAUAGAAUCUCGAAAUUGGUACGACAUUGCCUACAACUUUCUGAUUGGCGGGGAUGGUUACGUAUACAUUGGCCGUAACUGGGACUACGUUGGGGCUCAUUCGUACGAUUACAAUGCCAGAAGUAUCGGAAUCUCUUUCAUUGGGACGUAUAAUACCGUCACCCCAUCGAAACAUCAGCUGCACGCACUUCAACAACUUGUAGACCUCGGUGUCACGACUGGGAGGAUUGCAAGAAAUUAUAAGCUUUUAGGUCAUCGACAGGUUUCCAGAACUCUCAGCCCUGGUGACGCGCUAUACAAUGUUAUAAAAACGUAUCCACAUUGGUCCCCCACACCCUGACAUUCUUCGGAUCGAUGAGAUUCCAAUAUGUGCAAGGGUAGCAGUAUACUCAUUUAUUUUUCAUUUCUUUGGUAUCGUGAAUUUUUACUGGGAACUCUUAAUAGGUACUUCAUUUUUAUUUCGUCUUACAUAUCUUAUUUAUUUCAUGCCAAUUUUUUGGGUAAUGUAAGUGUAUACAGCAUUUU